ACCUAAAUCUGAACAUGUUAGUGUCGAGCUAAUUUUCAAACGGAUUAUUCCAGUCAUUUGUUUCUUCUGUUUAGGGUUUAGAAACUGGAAUAUUAGCGACAGCAAAGGUAGUUAACCCUUCUGCGUAAUUAACCUAGCUGUUAGUUCUGACAGCUUAUAAAAAACUAGAAAGUGCGAUGAAGGACUUCAUGACGUGACUUCUGAUCAGUCGACGCUUGAAGGAAAACAAACAUGGCAUCAAAUAAGAGACGACGCAGGCGCAGCAUUGACGCCCCUCCUUCCAUGAGUGCGGAUGACACGUCACUAAGGAUUAUUGUGUUUGGGAACUCUGGACUUCAUCAGUAUUCCCUCACAGAGUCAAUCCUGCAGAGAGCCAUAUUCAAAUUUGUUGACUAUCACACUGCACUAACUACCAAAACAUUGGGGCAGUACUUGACAAGAAAUGUAACACUGGUCAACACACCAAACUUUAACAGUCCUGACAUAUCGCACAACACGCUCAAAAAAGAACUCCGAAAGGCUGUGUGUUUCUCCUGCCCAGGACCGCAUGCCGUCAUCUUUAUGUUAGACCUCUUAGACGUGCCGUCGACCACCUAUGACAUUUUUAAACCAGUAGUGCAGCACUUUGGAGAAAAAAUCCUGAACCACACAAUGAUUGUUUUAUACCAUGAGAAAGAGGGAGAUUGCCAGUCAUUGGUGGACAGUGUAAGGAGGAACCAGGACUUCAGAGAACUGCUGGAGAUGUGUGGUCAAAGGUACCUUGUCUUUGGUGGAAAAGCUAACAGGAAAGACGGCAGUGCAGCAAGAGAACUGCUCGACCAGAUAGACCAGAUGGUUUCAGAGCACGGGAUUUAUUCCAACCAGGAAUUUGAAGAUGCCGAUAAAAGAAUCAAGAAGGAGGAAAAGUUCAUAGAAAAGGAGAGAAAAAAGGAGAUCAGAAAAAUGUUGGAGGCCCUAGAGAAAAAGCACUCAGGGGAGGAUCUUGCCAGAGAAAUGAAAUGUUAUGAAGAGAAGAUUCAGUUCCAGAACAGGGAGAGAGCAGAAGUGCGGGUCGCAGACAGGCUCGGCUUCACACUUAGGCUUGUUGAUUAUGCUGUAGCGAUAGGGAAAGGAACGUUUGUAGGGGCACUCUUGGGUACAGCCAUGGGAAUUGUGGGUACAACAGUAGGGGCAGCAGUCGGUGCAGUACUUGGCGGUGUAUUUGGGGGAGCAGCUCGAGAAGCAUGGCAAUAUUUCAGUAAUGCAUUUACAUAUUUCCAUAGGGACAGCACUUAAGACACACUUAAUUAUUAUAGAUA